AUGUCAAUGGUGAAUUUUAGUACCUAGUUGUAAAGUGACUUUGUUUACAAUUAUUUAAGUACUUGGUAAAAAAUAUAACUAAGUUGUGUAGCAGGUAUCAAUGUCUGGAAAUAAGACAAUGAUCCUCUGUUAGUUGAACUGGAACAGUCAAUGCGAGAUUUCAUUCUAAAGCUUCAUUCAGCCCAAGAAUAUUUGGAAGACUUAUCAGAUGAUUCAUCCUUCAGCAUAAGUAUUCAGACAACUGCUUAUUCAAGUGUUGAAUUCAAUCAGGAACCAAUUUAUGAGGAUUUUCCGUGGAUUGAAGUAAAAGAAAAAGAGAUAUCAGUUAGAGGAGCCGACAUUGUUCCAUUAUAUACUUUAGAAACAGAUUGCCUUGAAUUGCAAAUGUAUAUUGAGAGAGAAGACAGUUAAUUUUUGAAAACCAUGGAGGACAACGAACGAGGUGUGAAGAGGAAAAGUAGACUGGCUGUUUUCGAACAUGUGGAAAUGGAAAAGGCCUCCAAAAAGGCCCAGUUUGAAGCAAACCCUUUAGAAUAUGAAGAGUAUUCUGCAUCCGAAUCUGAAUUGAUUAUUGACGAGGAAAAUACUAGGCAAAGGAAAAAGAAGAAUCCUCUCAUUAAGUUGUCUAACGAACAACUCAAUAUGCGAUGUCAAUGGAAAUUAUGUGAUGACCUUUACGAUUCUUGGGAAAAAUUCAAUUCUCAUUUAAUGGAACAUGCUGCCGUCAGUACAGAUCACCUAUUAUGUCAGUGGGCAAAAUGCGAUUAUAAGGCUAUCUCAGUUCCGUUUUUGAUGCAGCACUUAUCAUACCAUGGAUAUCUUUCUAAGUUAACUAAUAUUGGACAGAAUAUUGUGGACAGGGAUGUCUUACCAAGGUGUAAUCAGAAAGAGGUAUCCAAUGUACCUGUCGACAAUUUUGGUUACACUUGUGAGUGGGAAAAUUGUUCAUACAAUUUUUAUACCAUUUAUGACUUUUUAAAUCAUGUGGUGACACAUGCCACGAAGAAAGAAGGUGCUGCAAAAGACACUGAAAAAGAAGUGAUCAGGUGCUGUUGGACAGGUUGUGAGACAACUUAUUCAACCAUGCCAAAACUAUCAGAACAUUUAAGGACUCAUACGAAGGAAAAGACAGUUAGAUGUCCAACUUGUUUCACCCUUUUUUCUAGUAAAACCAAAUUUUGCGACCACAGAAGAAGACAACAAUCUAAUUUCAUUCAGAGCUACCAGUGUUCACAGUGCUUGAAACUUUUUCCAAGUGAAAGAUUGUUGAGGGACCACAUUCGUUCUCACAUAAAUCACUACAAGUGUACCAUGUGCGAUAUGACUUGUUCAAAGCCAUCACUUCUGGCAAAACAUAUCAGGUUCAAACAUGUAAAGGACAAGCCAUACACAUGUUCAGAGUGUGAUAAAACGUUUGUGGCGAAGUACAAUUUAGAUACUCACAUGAAAAUACAUGAGGAUAGCGACCCGAUGAAAUGUGAUAUGUGCAAUUUUAGUUGUCGCACCAAAGUUGGCUUGGAUAAUCACUAUGUUAAAAAACAUGAUGCAAGUUGCAUCUAUCUAAUUUUUCCAAGAUAUGAUUCUAAAAUUUUUUUAAGGUAUCGGAAGGACCAAGAUGGAAUAUACCGUUUACAAACUGUUCGUUUAGAAAGUCUUGAAGUAACCCAAGAAGUGAUUCGUAGUGAGUCCAUGCCAACGAAUAAAGUUAACGAAGGUGUACGGUAUCUAUUGAAUUAUGACAAUGGUAAAACUGGAUAUGUACUGUCAAUAUCAGAAACUAAUGAACAGACCCUCAAACCUGCAGAAACUGUGGAAGAAAAUAACAUAUUGAUAACGAUUCAGGAUGUUGAUGAACAUGGCAACGUUUUGAAAUCUCAGAUUGUUCAACAAGAAAUUGUUGGUAGUGUAACUUCCCUAGAUAAUGCAGUGGUCAUAGGGGAAGUACUUGAAAAUGGUUCCUUAGAAGAAUCUUCCAAUUUCAAUAGCGUAGCUAAGUCAGAAACUAGUGCAUUGAAAUCAUGUAAGGAGGAAACUAAUUGUGAGGAUGAUGCUAAGGAAUUGUAAACGGGGAAGGCAAAAUCGCGUUAUUGAACUGUUCUCCUGAAGAUUCAGUUAUACUUGAUAAUAAGGGAUUCAAGGAUAUGAUAUACAAAAAAUAGAGUGUAACUCGAGAAAAUUACUUUUAUUGUGAAAAAUACUUUUUUAUGUAAUUAUAAG